GGCUUAAGGAUAGGGGCUCGUCUAAUGUAUUUUAUUUGUCUAUGAUCUGUACACAUAGUAAGAAAAUUUAACAAAGAAGAUAGAGAAAUGCGAAUAACGUUGUAGAAAAAUUUAUUAUCAAAUUAGAAAGAAUUGUUAUUAGAAACGAAAAUAACAAACUAAAGCUAAUAGUUUCCCACGAUUUAAGCUCAUUGAAUUGAGUCACUGAUCUUAAUUGAGGACAAUGAAUAUAAUUGAAGAUACCACUUAUCAUUGUCGAACGCAACUAGAAUCGAUUAUAUUCUCUUAUACAUGGAGUAUUUCUAAUUUUUGGGAAAUACGUGAAUUUAUGUCUGAAUUGCACUGUGAUAAAAUCAACGAUUAUUUUAUAUUAUAUGUAUCCUUUAAAGAAGAUAAGUUGGAAUUCUAUGCUCGGAAUGGAAAAGAUAUAAGAUAUGGUCAACAAAGGAUGAGAAUUUCGUAUAGUGUUUUUUCAUUAAGCUCUACUGAAACAAAACUUAUAUCAAAACGUGCAAGUGAUUUGUUUGUUGAUAAAGCUGAAGAGCUGUUGUAUGAAUUAUCUACGUCAGAUCUUAAGAAUAAUAGUGAGAAAUAUUUAUCUAAAGGAGUAUUUACAAUAUGUUUUAAAUUUUGUAAAUUUGUUAAUUUAAUUAACAGUAGUAUAUGCUAUUCAUACAAACCAGGGAUAUCCGUGACAGACAUGCAAUCUUUUGUUUCCAAUGCAAAAUCUGACUCACUUGUUACAUUUGUAAUAAACAAUGAACAUCUUCAAGCAAGUAAGGCUUUAUUAUGUUCAAAAAGUGAAGUCUUUGAAGCUAUGUUUAAUUGUGAUUUAACUGAAAAUAGAACUAACAAAAUAGAAAUAACUGAUAUAAAAUAUGAUAUUCUACAGCAACUUUUAUUUUUUCUACAAACUGGUUGUUUAUCUGAAGAUGUAAGAGAAGAUACAGAAAUAGCAUGUGAACUUUUGAUAGCAGCUGAAAAAUAUGAUAUAAAAGAUCUUAAAUUAAUAUGUGAACAAUAUUUAAUCGCAAAUACAACAAAAGAAAAUGUUGUAAAACAUUUAAAGAUUGCGCAUUUAAAUAAUGGAACAACACUGAAAAAAUAUGCCUUAGAUUUGAUAAAAUUAUAUUUAAAAGAUAUUGUGGAUACUCCAAACUUUAUAACUCUAAUGCAAGAGUAUCAUGAACUAUUAUUGCAGAUAGAAAACAUUCAGGUGCCUAUAACAUAUGUUCAGACAGCAUAUUUAAGAUAAGUAAUUUACAUGAUAUAAUACAUUAUCUCUGGUAUUAAAAUAUAGAUUUUUUAUAAUAAAAACCGUUCUCAGUUUUGCUUUAGAAAAAGAUAAAAAAGUUGAUUUUUUAUUAUUUUAUAUUAUUAUGCACAACAGCAUUUUUUUGUCAUUUGACAGUAGAAGAUUUAAAUGUAUUUCUUGUAAGUAUUGAUAACUUUUGUUCUAAAAAUUAUUAAUAUUCACACACACAAUAUAAUAUGCCAUAGGGAUUAAGUAAAGAUUUUAUAUUAUUUUAUAUUAUUAUGCAUAAGAGCAAUCUUCUCUUUUUGUUAUUAUUUUAAAGUAGGAGAAAUCUUAAUUUGAUAAUUUAAUUUCUUAAUUUGUUAAUCAAUAAUUGAUAUUUCUUAUAUGAAUUGAUAACUUUUAUUCUAAAAAUUAUUAUCCGAUGUAAUACGAAAUAGGAAUUACAUACAUUUUAUUUGUUCAGUUCAUUUAAUGUAUAUUAAAAAUAUAUACUAUUCUUGAAUUA